AUGACUCGUCACAAUCGGCCAUACAGUCUCAAUGACAUCUUGGCGGCAUUACAAAACACACAUGGAAAAGCAGCAAUAUCCAAGGCUGUCGACGAUUUGGUAAAUGAAGAUGCUUUGUAUGAAAAACUGAACGGCAAGCAGAAGGUAUUUGUUAUACCACAGUCAACUCUUCCUCGACCCAAUGACAAUGAACUAAUGGCCAUGGAUGGACAAAUUGAAGAGCUGACGAACGCCUUGAAAGAAUUACAAGAACGCAUAAAGUCCGCAGAAUCCGAACUGAAACUGGUCGAAUCCAGUCUCUCAAUCGACGAGGCUCGGCAAAAGAAUGCGGAAAUAGAGGCGGAGAUUAAGUCGGUACAAAAAUCGAUUGCCUCUAUGGAUUCACAGGAGGUGCAAAUAUCCCCUGAGGAUUUUGCCAAGGUGAGUUCCAUAGCCAUUUAA